GAUCAACUUUGGAGAAAAUCAACAGAGACAACCCUCUAUAAGAAAAAGUUUUUUAGUGCUUCAACAUCAACAGAAAUGAAUUCAGAUGAGUUUAAGAUUCGUGGCAAAGAAAUGAUCGAUUACAUGUGCGAAUACUUGGAUAAUAUUAAUACAAGAAGAGUUACUCCAAGUGUUGAACCUGGUUACUUAAAAGAUCUUCUUCCAUUGGAAGCUCCCGAAAAUCCGGAAGAUUGGGAUGAAAUUAUGUCGGAUGUUGAUUCAAAAAUAAUGCCAGGAGUAACUCAUUGGCAACACCCCCGUUUCCACGCCUAUUUUCCAGCGGGAAAUUCAUUCCCAUCGAUUUUAGGCGAUAUGUUAUCGGAUGCAAUCGGUUGUAUUGGAUUUUCAUGGGCUGCAAGUCCUGCUUGUACUGAGUUAGAAACGAUCGUUGUUGACUGGCUUGGAAAAGCAAUUGGACUUCCAAAUGAUUUUUUAUCAAUGAAUGAGGGAAGUAAAGGUGGUGGUGUCAUACAAGCAUCAGCAAGUGAAUGUGUUUUAGUUUGCAUGUUAGCUGCAAGAGCUCAAGCAAUCAAACGAUUAAAACAACAACACAAUUUUGUUGAAGAAGGACUUUUAUUAUCAAAGUUAAUGGCUUAUUGUUCAAAAGAAGCACAUUCUUGUGUUGAAAAAGCAGCUAUGAUCUCAUUUGUAAAAUUAAGAAUUUUAGAACCAGAUGAAAAGUCUUCUUUACGUGGUCAACAACUUUUAGCUGCUAUGGAAGAAGAUGAAGCAAUGGGAUUAAUCCCAUUUUUCGUUUCAACAACAUUAGGAACAACAGCGUGUUGUUCUUUUGAUAACAUAGAUGAAAUCGGUCGAGUUUGUCAAAAAUUCCCAUGCAUUUGGUUACACGUUGACGCAGCUUACGCCGGAAGUUCCUUCAUUUGCCCCGAAUUAAAACAUUUAAUGACCGGAAUAGAAUACGCCGAUUCUUUUAAUACAAACGCAAACAAAUUUUUAUUAACAAAUUUUGAUUGUUCGUGUCUUUGGGUUCGAGAUAGAAUCCGGUUAACUGCGGCUUUGGUCGUAGAUCCCCUUUAUUUGCAGCACGGCUAUUCUGAAAAAUCAAUCGAUUAUCGGCAUUGGGGAAUUCCAUUAAGUAGACGAUUUCGUUCUUUGAAAUUAUGGUUCGUAAUGAGAUCUUACGGUAUUUCGGGAUUGCGAGAAUAUAUUCGACAUCACAUUGCUUUAGCGAAAAGAUUUGAAGCAAAAGUUUUGGCCGAUAAACGAUUUCAAGUUUGUAACGAAGUGAAAUUAGGUUUGGUUUGUUUCCGAUUAAGAGGAACCGAUAAAUUAAACGAAAAACUUUUAAGUAAUAUUAACGCUUCCGGGAAAUUACACAUGGUUCCCGCUCAAGUCCGUAAUAGAUAUAUAAUAAGAUUUUGUGCUGUGGCUCAAAACGCAACAGAAGAAGAUAUAGAUUACGCUUGGAAAGUUAUUGUGGAAUUUGCCGAAGAAUUAUUGGAACGACAGGAGAUUGAAAAAGAACAAGACGAAGUUCUUGAUAUGUUGGAUAGAAAAAGAAAGGAAACUCUUGCAUAUAAACGAUCGUUUUUUGUUCGAAUGGUUAGUGACCCAAAAAUUUAUAAUCCGUCGAUUGUAAAGACUUUAUCUGCUGAUAUGGCGACUACACCACAAAAUAAUACUGGAAUUACUGUCCAAAUUCCAACCCCAAAUCAUACAUCUGCAUCAUGGAUAAGUUGGCCUUUGGCUUUUCUAUUACAAAAUAAUCAUAAACAAGCAGCUAGUGAUGUUCCAAUACGAUUCCGUCAUUUGGAUACAAAGGUUCGCUUGAAACCAACAAAAGGUUCACAGUCACCUUCACCGGAAAGAGAUUCUUCGUCACCAUCAAAAACUCUUAACGAAAAAGGUAACAUGAUUCACUAAAUCGGAAUUUACCAAAAAAAAAAAGAAGUAAAUAAACGAGAAGAUUGAAGU